GGUGCGCGGGGAGGGGUCUGCGGGCAGGGGCUCCCGGGCCCGCAGUCGCUCCCCGAGGCGCGGCAGGAGGGCGGAGGCGCGGGCGGGGACCCUCGGGCAGCUCCCGCCCCCGCCCCCGCCCCCUCCUCCUCUCCCUCCGCCGCCGCCGCCGAGCGUAGCCGCCGGAAAGUUUGCUCGCGGCUGGCGCGGGGCGUGGGCGCGGAGCCGGCGCCGACCCUGAUCUGGCAGCGCCGUGGAGACGAGCGGCGGCCAGCCCCUGACCCCUGCACGCGGAGGACUGCGGGGAUCGCGGAGCUGCCGGAGCGGCGCGCGACCCUGCUGCUCUGAUACUCAGCGCACCCCAGAGGAGAGUGCACCCACGAGGACCUCUUUGCCCCAGCUGUGCAACCCCAGCCAGAUGUGGGGGGCAGCUGCCCAGAGGCAUGCCCCCCAUCCUGCCACGCUGCCCCCACCUCCUCCUGCUUCUGCUGCUGGCCUGCCAGCCGCAGGCCCCCUCCGCUCAGGUGAUGGACUUCCUGUUUGAGAAGUGGAAGCUCUAUGGCGACCAGUGUCUCCACAACCUGAGCCUUCUGCCCCCCCCAACUGAGCUGGUCUGUAAUAGAACCUUUGACAAAUAUUCCUGCUGGCCGGACACCCCUCCCAACACCACAGCCAACAUCUCCUGCCCCUGGUACCUGCCCUGGCACCACAAAGUGCAGCACCGCCUCGUCUUCAAGAGAUGUGGGCCUGAUGGGCAGUGGGUACGUGGGCCGCGGGGGCAGCCAUGGCGAAAUGCUUCCCAGUGCCAGAUGGACGACAAGGAGCUUGAGGUCCAGAAGGAGGUGGCCAAGAUGUACAGCAGCUUCCAGGUGAUGUACACCGUGGGCUACUCCCUGUCCCUGGGGGCCCUGCUCCUGGCCCUGGCCAUCCUGCUAGGCCUCAGCAAGCUGCACUGCACCCGAAACUACAUCCACGUGAACCUGUUCGCGUCCUUUGUGCUCAAGGCCAGCUCUGUGCUGGUCAUCGACACGCUGCUCAAGACCCGCUACAGCCAGAGGAUUGGGGACGACCUCAGCGUGAGCAUCUGGCUGAGUGACGGGGCAGUGGCCGGCUGCCGGGUGGCCGCGGUGUUCAUGCAGUACGGCGUCGUGGCCAACUACUGCUGGCUGCUGGUGGAGGGCGUGUACUUGCACAGCCUGCUGGGCUUCGCCACCAUCCCUGAAAGGAGCUGCUUUCCCCUCUACCUGGGCAUCGGCUGGGGUGCCCCCAUGCUGUUCGUCACCCCCUGGGUGGUGGUCAAGUGUCUGUUUGAGAACAUCCAGUGCUGGACCAGCAAUGACAACAUGGGCUUCUGGUGGAUCCUGCGCUUCCCCGUCUUCCUGGCCAUCCUGAUCAACUUCUUCAUCUUCAUCCGCAUCCUUCACCUCCUGGUGGCCAAGCUGCGAGCCCACCAGAUGCGCUAUACUGACUACAAAUUCCGGCUGGCCAAGUCCACGCUGACCCUCAUCCCCCUGUUGGGGGUCCACGAGGUGGUGUUUGCCUUUGUGACCGACGAGCAUGCCCAGGGCACCCUGCGCUCCGCCAAGCUCUUCUUCGACCUCUUCCUCAGCUCCUUCCAGGGCCUGCUGGUGGCUGUUCUCUACUGUUUCCUCAACAAAGAGGUGCAGUCGGAGUUGCUGCGGCGCUGGCACCGCUGGCGCGAGGGCAAAGCACUGCAGGAGGAGCGCCAUGUCAGCAGCCACACGGCCAGGCCCACUGGUGGCCCCCCCAGUGAGAAGCUGCUGCUCUCGAGGGGCGGUGGCAGCAACAGGACUAGCCAGGACCCCUCUGCGGAGACCCACUUGGCUGGCGGCCUCCCUGGAUUGGCUGAGAACCCCUUCUGAAGCCCCCUGGAACUCCAGCUGUGGCUGGACUCGGGUGCCCAGAGAGGGCAUCACUGGACAAUCCAGAACCGAUGCCCAAUGGAGGCGAGAGCGUGGGAGCCAGACAGCGCCCCGCUGUCCACAUGUUCCCCAGUGUGGUGGUCUGAGGGGCACCUGCUCUGUGCCGAGGGGUGGGGGAGGGGGUGUGGCGGGGAAGCUGUUCUGUGAAUGCAUGCCCGUGUGUCCCCGUGUGUGUCAGUGUGUCUGAGUUAGAGAAAACAUGUGUCCUCUAACAAUAAAGAGCUCUGUGCUCACCCUGGGUGGAGAGCUGGGCUGGAGGAGAGGGGCCGGCUGGGCCCAGGCCCUCCCCGUGAGAAGGGAGCAGCCAUGGACGGCCCGUGCUGGCUUGCUCCUUCUAGACUUCUCCUUGUUGCCCCAUCAUACAGGUGAAUUGGAGCUGGAACCCCUGAGGGUGUGAGUGGUGGCUGGUGGUGCCCCACCAGCACGUGCUGUCCCCAGCCCAGUUCAGGUGGGCUCACCCCCACCCCGGGCCAGAGUGGACGGGCCCCACUCAGUCUUGGCCCCUCAACCCCCGGAGUGUCACCAUUCGCCCGCAGAGGGGCAUGAAGGGCGUCAAUGGCCGAGGGAAGCCACCGACAUCACAGUCCUUCUACCAACCCCACGUGAACACCCUUGGCUCCCUGCUAGAGCCGAAGCCGGGGCUGGACUCAGGCCCAGCAAGGGCAUCACUGGAUAAUCCAGAACUAGAUAAUCCAGAACUGGAUGUCCUCUACUGGCCUCUGCUUCAUCCCAACUCUGCCACCCCAGCAAUCCGCAGCCCAUGUAGCCGACUGAAACGGGGAGAGAUGGACCCCCAAAAUCGAGACCGUCCAAGUGCAGGCACAGCACAGUUUUCCAAAGACUGCGGCACAGCCCAACACAGCCACUUCACAGAGAAUCACUGCAGUCCUUGCUGCUCCAGGCGCAUGCGGAAGGGCAGCUGUGCGCGAGGGUGCUGCCCAUUGCCUGGCGGGUGGGCACCCUGCUUGGCAGUCAACGAGGGCUGGCACUCACGCAGGAAGAGCCAAGUGGUGCGCCCUGAGUCCAAGCUGCCCCCUGGGGCGCGGUGCAUCUGAUGCAGAGGGUGGAGGCAAGUGCAGGAGCAGCGUGGGGACUGUAGUCACCCCUCAAGAGCGCCCCUUGUGUCCGGUGCCAUGAUGCCUGGUGGGGGGUGUGCGUGGAGGUGGGGAGGAGCAGGGGCGCUGUCAAAAGAGGAAGGGGCCACAGAAGCCAAGAGCACAAGCCAAAUGGGCCAGCCAGGUGGCCCUGCUCCUAGAAGCUGGUGGGGGGUGACUGCUGGGACCUGGGGGAGGGGGUGUCCACAGUCCCUGCCCGGCCACGUGGGCUGGAGCUGCUCAGGCAGAGCUGAGCUAAUUGCAGCAAAUGAAAGGACAGGAGGCCUCUCAGGAAAGGUAAAUAGAAUUACUCACCUGCCAGGCACUGGGGCCCUCCUGAGGGGGCCCUCACCUCGUGCCACCGGAUAUGGCAGGGAGGGAGGGGCAGGAGGUGAGUUAAGGUAGAUUGGGCUCUCCUGCGGCCCAGGUGGGAAGCGAUGUUACUAUGAUCGGUGGGGACUGCAGGGCAGGGAGGCAGUGUGGCUGGCUGCACCUUUGGGGACCUGAGACCCCUGACCUUGAGGCUUCAGGUCACCUCUCAUCCCAGGCCCCCCAGGCUCCCCAGGCCCUAGUGCUCCUUUGAGCCCCUGCCCACAGGGGCACCCCUGCCAGCCCUCCAUGCCCAGAAGCCUAGCACAGGGAGGGCACAAGUUCUCCUUCACGCCAGCUGAGCUUAGGGUUGGUGACUGCCCUGCGGGUGUGCCGCUCACCUAGGGGCCUCCUGACAGCCCUCCCCAUCCUGACUCCCUCUGCCCUUGUCCUCCUUCACCCUGUCCCUGUCCCCAAGGGAACUGGAGCAGGCCGGUGGAGUCAGGAGUGGAGGUGGAGGCCUGGAAGGGGCUGGGCUCAUCCAGCCAAUAAACAUUGGCUCUGACCAGGCCGUCCUGCAGGUGGGAUGGUGGGGGAACCUGACUUUCUAACACAGGGCCCAGCACCCACACAGCAUCACCCUCCAUUCAGGAAGACGAACACUCCAGGCCCUCUGCCCCUUCGCCAUCUCUACUUCCCUUCCCACCUCCUCCCCAGUCCAAAUCUCAGGCCCUUCCCCUAAAAGAAUGCAUGGGAACCACCCAGCACGUACGCGCGCGUGUGUGUGUGUGUGUGUGUCUCUCCACAUGCAUGCUACUAAAAUGAGUGUGGAGACCAAGAAAGAGGAAAACAUGGACUACAAUAAACACUGAUCAAACCUAGGAGAGUUGAGGGGCAUCCCCAGGAUGGCAGCUGUGUGCCAGGCAGAGUGGGUCACUGGGGGGAGGGAGCCUCAAGCAGGGCAAAAGUACAGGAGAGACACCCUCAAGGGGAUCAAAGUGACUGAACACAUAGAGAGGAGAUUUAGAUGACCUGGUGGAGAGUUCAGGACUUAGUGUUAGUACAUAGAAAACUGAGCAAAUGAAAAAAGAAGGCAAUUAAUAACUUCAAGGAAAACAAAAAGUUGGGCAGAAAAAAAGAUCACAAUUUACCACAAGGCUCAUCUCUAAAUACACAGACAUCAUCAUGUAAAUACUCAACACUGAUGUAACCAAAGUUAUGAGAGAAAAAAAAGAUCUAGGGAGGAUAGUGGAUGGUAAGAGCACGUGUGUAAUGGGAGUGGGGGACAGAAUGAAAUGGGAAAACCAGUAAGUAACAGUUCAUGUACGCUAUUUAGAAAUAGAAAUACAAACCAAAGAAUCAGCAGAAAAGUUGAAAAUGGUUGCCUCUAGGUGAGAGGGUGGGAGGAGAAGUCUGAGGGCUGCAACUAGCCGAACUCUGACUGCCUCGGCCUCCUCCUGGACACUAUGGCAGCCUUCAGCCCCAGGUCCUCCCCCACCUGCCCUUUCUCUGACCUUGCUCUCAGUCCCUGGUCCUGCUUCCUCCUCCUCUCCCUGAGUGCAGUGCCCAGGGAUCAGGUCCCACCCUCCUCCCUUCUUUAUCAACCUUAAAAAAAAACACCAAUAUUCAAAUUACUCCCAAACUAUAUCUCCAACCUCUGUGGCCCUCCCAAAUCCACUCUAGACUCAGCUUCCCUCUUGGCACCUCCACUCAGACAUCCAAUGGCAACUUAAAUUCCACAGUCCAUAACGAGCUCCUUACCUGCCCCCUCACCCAGCUUCUUCCUCCCACGAUUCACUUGAGGUAGCCCUCCUGACAGGUCUCCCCGCUUCUACCCUGAACCCUGCAGCCUAUUCUCAACACAGCAAUCAGAGCGAUCCCUUUACAUCCAAAGUUUUCUCCAAUGAAUCCCAUCAAGCAUCCAUAUCUCACCUCAGUUUACAGAAAUGCAGGGGACAAAGGAGUCUGUUAAUGCUACAAAGAUGCAACCAGUGAAAACCAGAGUUUGGGAAACUCCAACAUCAAGUAUCCAGCGGGUCUUCACUCAUAAAUGGAGGGGAAAUGUGGGAGGAGGUACUGUGACUAAGAAAGACUUAAGGGACGCAUCAAGCAGAUUCAGCCGAUGCACUUGGCCUUUCUAUUCUGACUCUAUAACCCAUGUGGAAUAUAUUAUUUUAGACACUAGGGGACUAUGGACUGGGUGUUAGAUGACAUUAGGGAAUUGUUGUUCAUGCUCAAUAUACAUGAACAUGCUCAGGGUACAUGCUCAGGAAGUACUUACUAAAUUCAGAUUUUGAUAACAGUAAAAGCUUAAAAAUCAGAUUAAGACCAGUCUCCUACAAGAGGUCACCAUUUCCUCAUAUGUAAGAUCAGGGUAAUAAAAUCUACCCCCCGCCCCCCCGAGUUGUCAGCACUGAAUGAAAGCAGACAGUGAUAUGAGCGCCACCAAGGGUAGAACAUCAUGGAGGACUGGGCACUCCUGUUCCACCAGGACGCUCCCCUCGUCUCCUCUACCCUCACUGUCUGAGGGGGAGAGAGGUGUCUCCAGCCACUCAUGGUCAGCCAGGCAGCCCACUGUGCUGGUGAGGGUUCCGCCUCCAGUGCCCCCAUCCGAGUUCCUCACCCCCCACCCCAGCACAGCCUGUUAACCACAUUCCCACCUCCAAGGUGUUCUCGGCCAAGACUCCAGGUCCAGGGCCUCUAUUUCAGAAAAUCUAAGUUGGCGGGGAAAGCGGGAAUGAAAAGGCCUUGCGGGGUGUCCCAUGGGCCCACCCACACAGGGGCAAGGAACCACUGCUAGCGGGAGGGUGGCUCUGGGCAGGGGAGACCCAGAUGCUGGGGCCCAUUGUGGCCCCAUUCCCACCUUCCAGCCCCACAGGAGGGAGGAAUGACCUAGAGAGGGCUAGGAGCAAAGUCAAGUCAAUUUUUAACCAACGCAGCAAGAUAUUAGACACUCCCCGGUGUGCUGCCAGGGGGCUCCAGCACCCCUUCGGAGAGAGGCCUUUGAACCACCACAGCCCA